AUGGAGAAGAAUAUACCAAUAAGCAAGAAGCUAUGGAACAUCGUACGUUUUGUCAUGUACAUGUUACACAAAGGCAUUUCAAAGCAAAAGCUCCUCGCUGACUUUAACGCCACUCUCAAACGUGGUAAGAAUCUCAUGUUCCACAACCGUCGCCGCGUCCCAGCAGCCUCCACCACCGUCACGUCCCAGCCGCGGCGGAAAGAAUACGAGUUUAGCUGCAGCGACACUCCUAACUACUCAUUCCCCUUUAACAUUUCCGCUUUCAAGAAGAAGAGUCACCACAACAGCCUCUUCUCUUGUGGUCAUGCACCACCGACCCUCGACGACGACAUUUCCUCCUCCAGAGCCGUACUAGAGCUCCUGAACGGCGUCGGAGAUCAUGACCAGCAGGGAAGCAACACGCCUGCGGCUUUGUCCAUCGAGGCCUUGACGACGUUAUCUCCUUACUUGCCAGGGUUUGGACGGAGUAGCCCCUCCGUGAGGCCUUUACGGGUAACGGACUCACCGUUUCCGCUACGGGAAGAUGGUGACGUGACUAACGGACAUGUUGACAAAGCAGCGGAUGCGUUUAUAAAGAAGUUUUAUAAGAACUUGAAUCAGCAGAAGAAGAUGAUUGAGUUCUCACCCAAUUAAUAUUUCUCUAUAUUUCUCUUCCUAAAUGCUUUUCUCUCUUUUUGCCUCAUUUAGUUCGGAAUUUGUAAUAAUUAAUAUUCUUGGUUGGAGAAGGUGAGAUUAUUUUCUCGUUUCUUGAUAAAACUAGAUUAUCAUGAAUAAAAGAAAUUAUUCGGGUGACCAUUUUCUACAUUCA